AUGGAGUACUUUGAUUUUGACCAAGCUGCUCGGGAAAAUGAUGUAGCUUUCGAUUGCUCAGAGACCAUUGAUUCGGAUCUCGCUUCACUUGUCAACGGUGAAAACAUUCCCACGUCUACCGAUGAUGCCGUAAACACCGCCGCGGCCGCCGACGAAACAGCCUCACAGUCUUGCCCGGCUUUGGACGGACCUUGGCCCAUGUAUCGAGCUUCAGAGAAGUGCUUCUUCUGUCGUUCUAUGGGCUUGGAUUGCUUUGUGGCUCAAAGAGGUGCAUUACAAAACGGGUGCACUUGUUGCAUAGCUUUGUAUCGAGAGUGCAGCUUCACCAACGCGAGGCCGCGAGAGGAAUAUCUGGAAACCUUACACGUGGUUGGGGAAGAUUCUUAUGUCCCCACGGGAAGUCUGACGGGAAAGAGAGCUUUGAAAUCAUACCGCGGGCCAUCCACCAGCACCCUGCUCGAAGAAUCUGAACAAAGAGGGAGGAAAAACGGCUCUAGAUUCCCCAGGGAAGCUGUUAGGGUCCUGAGAUCGUGGCUAUCGGACCACACAGCCCACCCGUACCCAACAGACGAAGAAAAAGAUCAAUUGAAAGCGAAAACUGGCUUGAAACGGAGCCAAAUCUGCAAUUGGCUAGCGAAUGCUCGUCGCCGGGGAAAGGUCCGCCAGCCACCACGCUCUGCUUCACCUUCCAUUGGUGUACCGAUUCCGGCUAGAAAGCUUUCUCCCGGAGUCCAUUUGUCAGACUUGAACCCCUUGGAACGAUGGAAACACUCUCCACCUGAGAACGAACCUGCUUCAGUCCGUGACAUUAUCCAAGCCAUGGCUACCACCCCCUUCCAUUCCCGUAAUCCGAAUGACGCAUCCUCUGGGCCCAGACGAUCAAAUUCGAGACGAACAGGUUCCAGUAAUGAUGAUUCCAGCCUUUCAAACGUGCGGCCAGCAAAAUCUUCAAGCGGCUACAGUAUGGACACAGCACAGUCUAGCAUUUCCGAUAUGUCUUUUGCCUCUGUUUUUUCCCAUCGGUCGUCACGUUCGUCUUUUGGGUCCGCAGACACGAGGGACCGUCGACGACGGCGUCACAAGUCUGCAGUUGGCCAAAAUGUGUUCCAAAAAUCUCGCGCCGCCCGCAUAUAUCAGUGCACUUUUUGCACUGAUUCUUUUCCAACCAAGUAUGAUUGGCAGCGUCAUGAGAAGUCCCUGCACCUUGCUUUAGACAAAUGGACCUGUGCCCCUCAAGGUGGAAUCAUUCUAGAGAAUGGUGAAGCUCUAUGUGCUUUUUGCCGACAGCCGAAUCCGGACGAAGGCCAUCUAGAAUCCCACAACUAUACGGCAUGCCAAGAGAAAUCGACGCAAGAACGGACAUUUUACAGGAAGGAUCAUCUUAACCAGCACCUACGGCUUAUGCACAAUGUAAAACUAGGUCCAUGGAUGGACCAGUGGAAGAGUGCUACAACUGAACUCAAAUCUCGUUGUGGCUUCUGCUCGGCGACCUUCACAACAUGGAAAGAUCGUGUUGACCACCUCGCGGCUCAUUUCAAGGCCGGAACAGAGAUGUCGCAAUGGAAAGGGGACUGGGGGUUUGACCCUUGCAUCCAGCGCUGCGUCGAAGGCGCCAUGCCACCUUACCUGAUUGCUGAAGAACGAAAUUCCAUGAAUCCCUGGAUCGCCCAGCGACCAAGUCCUGCGGCGAAAGAAGCGGGUGAUCAUAAUGCAGGCCGCUCUUCCGCAAACAUUCCAGUACCGAAUGAUGCUAGUUGUUUCCGCCGGUUGGAAAUUGAGGUAUCAGCAUUUAUUGGUCGCAUGGCUGCCCAAGGUAUCGUUCCAACUGACGGAAUGAUACAAGCAGAAGCGCGCCGUAUCAUAUAUGGGACUGAUGACCCAUGGAAUCAAACAUGUGCUGAUAACCCGACCUGGUUAGCCAUCUUGAAACGCGAUGCUGGAAUAUACGACCUUCCGGGAUCGCAAAGCAUUCAGCUGGGUGAUUUAGGUAUGCAACCGCCAUUCGCUGCAAACGGCGGGCUUCGACGAGCUCCCGCACACAGUUUGAAAGCAGCUCCGCCUCCCAGCAAUUCUUCAGGUCUCCAAAGCCCAGCGAUACCUGGUUCAGGAUUCCAUUCUGCUGUUGCCAGCCAUCGAGGUAGUCACGCAGGUAGCUUGUCUGGUAGCGUCGACUUCUCUGCUGGGGCCAUCGGCCACGGGAGCCUUGAUGGUUUGCCGACUUCCACUAUGAUUGGUACACUCUCUUCCUCUGCGCCUGUUACUUUAGAGAACGACCCACUCAUCGAGAUGGGCUUCGAUGCUGAUUUUGUUCAACAUCUGGAUGAUGACUACGGAGAUAUUGGUCACGAGCUAGACGAUUUGCAUCUUGAAAAGUUCGGGCAGGGAGGUUCUGGUUUUCAGGGAUUUGGUUUCAGUGAGACGGCCUUUAACGUAACUGCGACCUCGGCGCCGUCCCAACUUCACGCUACAUCGGGACCUCCCGUUACUACACCUUUUGGGGCAGGAUAUCAGAAGACGUUCGAUUCGUCUUCGCUGUUUUCCAACAUUGAGGGUUCUGGGCAUUGA